AUGGCCAUCGGCACGAGUUUCGUUAUCACAAAGAAGGGUUUAAUGCAUGCCUCGGAGAGACACGGCUUUGAAGGCGAAGGAUUCUCAUAUUUGAAGAGUCCUAUCUGGUGGGGAGGAACCAUCACACUCGCCCUCGGUGAAGUGGCCAACUUCGCCGCGUAUGCCUUUGCGCCCGCUAUUCUAGUCACUCCCCUCGGUGCACUGAGCGUUCUAAUCGGUGCGGUCCUUGGAUCUUAUUUCUUACACGAGCGGUUAGGAACGCUGGGCAAGCUGGGGUGCGCUAUGUGUCUGCUCGGCUCAGUCGUCAUUGUUCUCCAUGCCCCUCCAGACAAGCCGGUCGAGCGCAUCGACGAGAUCCUUGCAUAUGCUGUCAAGCCAGGCUUCCUGCUAUACUGCCUAGUGGUCGCCAUUUUCUCUACUAUUAUGAUUUACCGAGUCGCCCCCGUGCACGGAAAGAAGAACCCCCUCAUUUUUAUCUCGAUUUGCUCCACGGUCGGCUCGAUCUCUGUCAUGUCCGUCAAGGCAUUCGGUAUUGCAGUGAAACUGACACUUGGUGGUAACAACCAAUUUGUCCACGCCUCUACCUACGUUUUCGCCAUCGUUACCGCAUUCUGCAUCUUGACUCAGAUGAACUAUAUCAAUAAAGCGUUGAACUCAUUCUCAACCUCUAUUGUGAACCCUCUCUAUUACGUGACAUUUACGACCGCUACACUUUGCGCUUCAUUCAUCCUUUUCCAGGGAUUUAACACCACAGACGCCGUGAACACGAUUUCCUUGCUCUGCGGGUUCCUUAUCAUUUUCACCGGCGUUUACCUCCUUAACUUGUCGCGACAUGACCCAGAUGGGAAGGACGCCAGCAAUGGCAAACUCGAGGACGGAGUCCCAACCGACGCCAUCUCGAGCUUCCAAACUCGCCGAUCAAUGCAGUCUCGCCGCAGCUCGUCGAGUAUUGCUUUCCUAAACGGAAGUGGCGAUCGCGAAGGGCUGAUCCACUCAUAUGACCUUGAGAACAACUCAGGUAUCGGCCUGGAGGAUCUGGCCGAAGAUAGCGACGGGGGCCCCGGGCCAACCUACACCGAGGCGAACCGUGAGCGUACAGCUCUCCAUACCAAGAGGAACUCGCAGAUCUGA